AUGGCUGAACAAGGCAAACAACCUGCGAGUGGAGCGGCUCGCAGGCCGCGGCGAGCUGAAUCGCCGCGCGCGUAUGGCCCAGACACCGCAAGCAGCGGUUCUCCUGCUUACGCUGUGCCUGCAAAGACAUGGGGCCUAGCAAAAGCAACGGCAGCAUCACCAGCGGGAGGCCGUGAUGCAAGAGCCCCGGUGGCGCAGAUUCAGCGGCAGCAGCCAUCCAGACCCCCUCUAACAGCAAAUUUGCCUGCUGUGCAGCUCACGCUGCCGCCAUCCAUUUUCUCCCCUGCACGUCAUCAGGGUGCACAGGCACAUCCACUGCUGUCAGCCGCUGGGCUGAAGCAGCAGUGGCAGCAGUGCCAGCAGCCGCAACAGCGGAGGCCAUCUCCACCGCUUGUUGCAUCCAGCAGCGCUGCUGCUGCACAGGCCCUGCUGAUUCAAGCCAAUGUUGCUUUAUCGAAAGCUUACAGCACCGCCACAUCUGCUGCCGGAAGUCAGAGGUGGCAGCAGCAACCGGGCCCCCCCCUGCAGGGUUACUCAUACCUGGGUUCACAGCAAGUGGUCCCCAACACUGCCCUUGCAACUACUGCAGCACCAUCCGCAUCACCAGCAGCAACAACUGCAGCAUCACCAGGAAUGGCAACAGCAAGAAACGCUCCUCCCACCGCACAAUCAGCAGCAGCACGAGCAGCAGCAGCAUCAGCAAGGCCAGCAGAGCUAGGAAUGCCCAACAGGCCAGCCACUUUUUGUUUUCAGCAGCUAGGUGCGUCUCUGUCGCCGAGCGCAUCAUUAGGGCCCCCAGAAGCUGCAGCUUCAGUCGACGGCAUCCAGUUACAGCAGCAGCAGCAGUUGUUUCACAGAGCGCUGCACGCUCCACCAGGUCGUCUUGUUUACCAACGGAGCGAGAGCAGCCUAACAGCAUUAAGCAGUUGUAACGACGCUCAGCGCGUUCCUUCCCCCCUUUUCGCUGCUGCUGCUGCUCAUGGUCGCGCUGUAGCAGUCGGCAGCCAGGAGAUGCUGCCUUCUGAUGUUGAUACUCUGAGCUGCACAGAACCAGAGACUGCCUCGCCCUCAUGUUGCGGCAUCACUCUGCAGCCUAUGAGCAUAUCGCAGCUGUUCUUUGGCGAGACCGCAACACCCUCUCCGCCUGCUUCGUCUGUGUCGUUUUCCCUCGGUGACGCAAGCAGCGCCAUAUCUCAGCUGCAUGAAGCUGAAGAGCAAGCAGCAGAAAUCGUGCUGAAGGCACGAGACAAAGCGCUGGGCCUGAGGCAGCGCGCUGCAGCAGAAGCAGCAGCAGAAGGCCAACACCUGCAGCAGGAGAUGGAAGAAAUGCUCGAAGCCAUCAAAGAGAAAAACAAAAGUGAAAGAGAAAAUAUAAAAAAGGUGCAUGCACAAGCACAGGCAGAGACUACGGCCAUCUUGGCUCAAGACAAAGCCGCCAAUAUGGAAAAAACCGUCAACUUGGUUGUGGACUUGGUGCUGAAGGUUGAUGUGGAGUGCCCCGUAGAGGCCAUAAAGUUGUUUUGCAGCCCCGGUGCGCUGCUGCAAUUUGCAGCGAAGGCUUCCUUUCAGCACAUCCACCAUCACCCUAGUGGCGAGCUAAUGCUGCUUCCAGAGAAAUGCUUGACUUUUGAUGGAGGGGCGGCACAUUCACUGUCUUUUGGGGUACCUGACGGUCCGCGUCGUAGAUCCUGUUUCGGUUCUUUCUGGGCAAAGCACCAGAGCAAAUUUCAUAGCAGCGAGCGGCCUGCGCUCCUCCUACCGUUGCCUGCAUUUGAAGACCCCUUCGAUAAAGACAUUAACUUGCGCCUUCUUAGCCGAUGGGAAACCCAAAGACAAGAUGCAGAGAGCUUCCAGCCCUUCAAGCUUCCUCCCUUUGCCGCCUCUUCCCCCAGCAGCAGCACCCCCAGCGAUGACCAGCAAGACACUCACCCUUCUGCAGCAGAUGCUCCAGUGCAGCAGCAACCCGCCUCAGAUGCAGGGGAUAUACAACCACCACCAGCAGAAGCGUCUGCGGAAGCUGUCGCAAUAGAAGCAGGGGAAGCAGCGGCUAUUCCCAAGACAGAAGAGGGGCAGCACAAAGAGGCUUGA